AUGACGGCUACGCGAUACGAAUUCUUUUUGCAAAAAGAAUUGGGACACCUUAAUUUCCAUGGAAUAAGCUUGUUCGUGGAAGACGGUAAAAUUUAUCUGUAUGCGGUGAAUCAUCCUCCCUUCAAUGAACACCCGCCGGCUGACACCGUGGAGAAAUUCCUUUGGGACGUGGACAAAGGCGUUCUUAACCACGAAAAAACCUUCAGCGAUCCGGAAUUUGUGGGGCUUAAUGAUCUGGUCGUCGUAAAAAUGGAUCAGUUUUACAUAUCCAAUAUGCAGACUUUCAGGAGUAAGGUUUUGCGCGAACUCGAAAUAUAUCUUUUCUUCGUUCCCGCUCAGAAUGUGUUAUAUUACGAUGGCAAAAAGGCUACUGUGGUGCUGCCGGGAAUGUUUGGAGCAAAUGGAGUUGAUGUAUCACCCGAUCAGAAGUUUCUGUACGUGUCGGAAGUAACUAAAAAGCGUAUUAGCUCUUAUCGCAUCGAAAAUCCAACUACUCUUGUGCUGGAAGAUACGAAAUAUCUGGGCUCUAGUCCAGAUAAUAUUAACGUUGACCACGGAACCGGUGACUUAUGGAUUGGAGCACAUCCCAGUAUCUUGCAGUUGUCGAAGAGGCUGUCCAAUCCUACUGAGCGAUAUCCCAGUUCGAGCCAGGUAAUUCGAGUGACAGCGAAAGAUGGAAAAUUUCUGGAAACUUAUCAAGUGUUCGCUGAUAAUGGUCAUCAAAUCAGCUCAAGCUCCAGUGCUGCUUUCCACAAAGGAUCAAAUGCUUUUCUUAUUGGAACAGUUGAUGAUAAGGCUAUGAUUUGCAAGUGCCUGACAUGUCCCAAGUGA